GCGGGACAUUCCUUCGCCGUCCUAGGAAACGCAGUUUCGCCCUAGGACUUGACAGCGGUGUUUAUGAAGUUAAUAUUUCCGUUAUGUCGAGCUUUACCGAGGGAUAUAAUAGUCUCCGUUAGCAUUUAGCUGCAAUCCGUCUCCAUCUCCCGUGGUGUAACUUUAGCGUGUUGCUAAAAUUAGCUAGCAUGUUAGCUAGUCUGCCUCUGUCAGUGAGCAUGGGAGACAAUAACGGAGUGAACGGGGAUUUGAACGCCAACUUAAGGUGCCAGAGUACCGGCGACCCGCAGCUGGACAAGGCGGUGGACCAAUGGUUGACCUGGGACAAGAACCGGCGGACUCGGGCGCAGGUGGAGGCUCUGGUGGCGGCUGGACGCCGGGAGGACUUGAGGACGAGACUCUGCAGCAGGAUGAGCUUCGGCACGGCAGGACUCAGGGCGCCUAUGGGAGCCGGAUUCAACCGGAUCAACGACCUCACCGUCAUCCAAUCAACACAGGGGUUAUACUCCUACCUGAGCAGGUAUUUCCCAGACUUCAGCAGCAGAGGAGUGGUUCUUGGUUUUGACACCAGAGGACAGGAGGAGAGCGGCUGCAGCAGUCAGAGGUUGGCGAAGUUGGCGGCUGCGGUGAUGCUCAGCAGAGACGUUCCUGUUCAUCUCUUCUCCACGUUUGUCCCGACGCCGUACGUGCCGUACGCUGUGAAGAAGCUCGGUGCUGCAGCCGGAGUGAUGAUCACAGCCUCGCACAAUCCUAAAGAAGACAACGGAUACAAGGUGUACUGGUGUAACGGCGCUCAGAUCUCCUCGCCUCACGACAAGGAGAUCCUGCAGAGUAUCGAGGAGCAGCUGGAGCCCUGGAGCGCCUCCUGCUGGGAGGAGGAGCUGGUGGAGCGCUGCUCCCUGAGGACCGACCCCCUGACCCAGAUCAACAGCUGCUACAUGGACGAGCUGACCUCGCUCUGCUUCCACAGGGAUCAGAACAGAAGCUGUCCGUUGAAGUUUGUCCACUCAUCGUUCCACGGCGUCGGACACGCCUUCGUCCAGCAGGCCUUCCACGCCUUUGGCUUCGCUCCGCCCAUCCCCGUCCCCGAGCAGAAAGACCCCGACCCCAACUUCUCGUCCGUCCGCUGCCCCAACCCCGAGGAGGGAGAGUCGGUCCUGGAGCUCUCUCUUCUUCUGGCUGAGCGGGAAAAUGCUUGCAUCGUCCUGGCGACAGAUCCUGAUGCCGAUCGAUUGGCUGUCGCAGAGAAGUCUGACGGGUGCGGUUGGAAGGUGUUCACGGGUAACGAGCUGGCCGCCCUGUUGGGUUGGUGGAUGUUCUUUAAUUGGAAGGAGGCUCAUCCCGUUCCUGCCGACACUCAGAAGGUUUACAUGUUGGCCACCACGGUUUCCUCCAAGAUCCUGCAGGCCUUCGCUCGCAUCGAGGGCUUCCACUACGAGGAAACUCUUCCUGGGUUUAAGUGGAUCGGGAACAGAAUACACGAACUCUCCAAAACAGGAAACAGCGUCAUCUUUGCCUUCGAGGAGUCGAUUGGUUUCCUGUGUGGCAGCAUGGUUCCGGAGAAAGAUGGCGUGAGUUCGGCGGUGGUUGUGGCUGAGAUGGCUGCUUACCUCCACAACAAGAAGCUGAGUCUGAAGCAACAGCUGCACAACAUCUACCAGACGUAUGGUCAUCACGUGUCCAAAACGUCGUACGUCAUCUGUAACGACCCGCCCACCAUCCAGAAGAUCUUCAGCCGGAUCCGAAACUUUGACGGCGAUGCUUCGUACCCGAAGACGUGCGGCGGCGUCCGGAUCGUCCACAUCAGAGACGUUACCACGGGAUACGACAGCAGCCAGCCCGACUGCAGAUCGGUAAGAAAACCGUUUGAUUCAUCGAUUGUUCUUAACGUAACUGUUCAUCUUCACUUCACUCUCCAGAACGGCAUCGUGGCAACGCUGAGAACCAGCGGCACAGAACCCAAAAUCAAAUACUACACUGAGUACUGCGCCGCUCCGGGGAACAGCGAGGCGUCCCGCCUGGAGGAGGAGUUAGGGAAGAUCACCACCGCCCUGCUGGACGAGUUCCUGGAGCCUGAGAGGAACAACCUGAUUCGCCGCCGCGUCUAGCUCCGCCCCCUCCCACACCUGGUCGCCCCCCCGCCACUGCUUCUCUCUGUGGUAUCCAUAAAGUUCAGUUGAGACUAAAAUAUAAACUGAUUCAUUAAAAAAUAAUAAAUAUUUAGUUGAACUUUGGUCCUUCAUAAAGCAGAGAGCAUGAUGGGUAAACUGCAGUGUCCAGUUUUAUUUUGAUUUGAGUUUGUGAAACCAAAUAUUGCUGUCUGAACUGUAAAGACUUGAAAUAAAUAUAUACAUAUGGAAGUUUAAUAACGACAAAACAAAUUCGUUGAAACUAUAUAAUUAACUAUGUUUAUCACAAACCAAAAAUAAACUUUUGUUACAACCUAUCACGUUAUUUUGGCACAUCAUGAAACUCUCAUUACACAAAAUGAACGUGUGAUAAAGUUAUUACCACGAGUUUACAUACACGUCGCUGCUGAUUGGUUAAAAUAUCUGACACACCCAUGAAAUCAGAGGAAACGUACGUCAAAGCUUGUUGUGCACCGUUUCACACUGUUCUGAGGAAACGUCAUUCAACCCGGAAACUGACGCAAAACGAUGCACACAGUUUUGAGAUUGAACGUGCCCGUUUCUCUAAUGUCCCCACAGUAAACUAAAUCUCUUUUGGUAAAUUGGACAAAACGUGACAUUCAAAGACAUCACUUUGGACUCUGAGAACGGUUAGUCAAUAGUUUUGUCAUUAAUAAACUUCCGUAAAUACAUAUAAAAAGGGGGGGGGUAUGUCUCCUUAAGAGAGCAGAAAAUCAGCUGCUUAUCUUUUUCUGUCUUUGUAGUUUUUUUUUGUUAAUCUGAAUGUUAAAGUUUCUCCUUCGAACUCUGCGAUGUUACCUAUUUUUUUACUCAGAGAUAAAAUAUAUUUAUGUGACAGUUCAUGUUGUGUUGUAUGAUCUGGUUUUGUAGUUUGGACAGAGUGAGACCUCUGCUUGUGUUUAGAUUGUCGCAGCUUUAAGUUAAUGUGGUUCUCUGGCGAUCCACCAAUAAAACAUAAUAAAACUGUAA